UCUGGAAGUUGGGAGAAUGAGUGGGUUUUUCCUGCUGACAUUUAAGAUGGGUCUGUUUGGCCACUGUGCAGUGUUCCAGUACCUCUGGUUUUGUCAUUAACUUGCUUCUAAUGGUGCAUGAGUUUCUGCCAACCUUUGUUUGGAUGUAAAAGAAACAUUCCGAGCCCCAUUGUCCCAAACAGCAGAAACUGGAGAGAGAGUGAGACCUGGCAGAUAUUUAUUGAUAACCCAUUAGCAGCCAGACGCUGGCUGAGCAAAGGCCAGAGAGACAGACAGACAGACAGAUGUACUGCAUCUGUGGCAAGGCCUGACUCUGGGUGCAGAGGACGUGGCCUUGGCUCUUGUGGAAUAAACGCCUGCUAUGGGAUGGACAAAGAAGAGGACCACUAUGUGUCGCGGCUCAGGGAGGUCUACAACAGCUGUGACACCACCGGGACGGGCUUCCUGGACCGAGAGGAGCUGACCCAGCUUGGCCAAAAGCUCCACCUGGAACAGCAGCUACCCGUCCUUCUGCAAACGCUUCUCGGGAAUGACCACUUUGCCAGGGUUAACUUUGAGGAAUUUAAGGAAGGUUUUGUGGCAGUGUUAUCAUCCAGCGCUGGUGUUAGGCCCUCGAAUGAAGAAAGUAGUUCUUCAGAACCAGCCGCUGCUUGCACUGUCCCACCAAAGUAUGUGAACGGCUCUAAAAGAUAUGGUCGUUGGACCUGGCCUGAGCUCCACAGUUCUGAGACCGAAGCCACCUCCGCAGCCGACAAGCACGCCCGGGCCAGCCGGAGGAGCUGGCUCCAGCGGUCCACCUCCCUGGAGAGUGUGGAGAGUCUCAAGUCCGAUGAAGAUGCCGACAGUGCUAAAGAACCUCAGAAUGAAUUGUUUGAAGCUCAAGGCCAGCUGCAAGCCUGGCAUCCCGAGGUCUUUGGGAGCCCCCACAAGCCCUGCAGCCCGGCCUUUGACACCCCCGAGAGCCAGGUCCAGGGCAUCUGGGAUGAGCUGGGAGUAGGGAGCAGUGGCCACCUCAGCAAACAGCAGCUGGCUCUGGUCUGCCAGAACAUUGGGCUCCAAGGACUCGAGAACGAGGAACUCGAAGACCUGUUCAACAAACUGGACCAAGACGGAGACGGCAGGGUCAGUCUUGAGGAGUUCCAGCUCGGCCUGUUCAGCCAUGGGCCCACUUCCCUUCUGGAAUCUUCCACUCUGGUCAAACCUUGCCAGCCGUGGUCUCAUUACCAGGCCGUGGAGGACAGUGCCGGCCGGACCCCCACGACCUCGUCCCUCGUGUCCAUUUGCUCAGACCUGCACCUCUUCUCCAGCCUCGACGACGGCACCGGGUUUGCGUUUCCCGAGCAGGUCAUGGCAUUGUGGGCGCAGGAAGGGAUUCAGAAUGGCAAGGAGAUCUUGCAGAGCCUCGACUUCAGUGUGGACGAGAAGGUGAACCUCCUGGAGUUGUCCUGGGCUUUCGACAAUGAGCUCAUGAUGAUCAGGGGUGUGAUUCAGCAAGCGGCCUUGGCCUCCUACCGCCAGGAGCUGAGCUACCUCCAAGGACAGGUGGAGCAGACCACAAAGGAGCGCGACAGAGCAAGGCAGGAUCUGGACAAAGCCGAGAAGAGGAACCUGGAGUUUGUAAAGGAGAUGGACGAGUGCCAGUCCACCAUGGAGCAGCUCACUGAGAAGAAGAUCAAACACCUGGAGCAGGGCUACAGAGGCCGGCUGGCCCUCCUCCAGUCGGAGGCAGAGACGGAGCGGGAACUGAUCCAGCAGCAGAGCGCCAGGCAGAGGGCUGAGCUGGAGCAGGACGUCGAGCGCCUGCAGACAGAGGCGACGCAGCUCCGGGAGAGACUGACCCUCACCUGGAAGGAAAAUAGCCGCUUACAGAAGGAGAUUCUCGAAGUCGUGGAGAAGCUGUCAGAAUCGGAGAAGCUGGUCCUGAAACUGCAGAGUGACCUCGAGUUUGUGUUGAAGGACAAGCUGGAACCCCAGAACGCGGAGCUCUUCCUGCAGGAAGAGCGGUUUGCGGGCAUCCUGAAGGAAUAUGAGCUCAAGUGCAGGGAGCUGCAGGACCGCAACGACGAGCUGCAGGUGGAGCUGGAAGGCCUGCGGGCCCGGCUGCAUGACACACGGCCUGCGGGACGACAGCCCCUGGGAGGCGUCCCGGAAGAAGCACUGCAGAGGUUCAGUUGGCCCCUGGAGGUGAGGAGGGCUCUGUCUGCUGCCCGAAGGGACAGCAUCCUUUCGUGUAUGGGGGAGCUGCCUCCAGUGAGCAUCGAAACGGAGAUCAUGAUGGAGCAGGUGAAGGAGCACUACCAAGACCUCCAGGCCCAGCUGGAGACCAAGGUGAAUUACUACCAGAGGGAGAUGGAGCUGAUGCAGAGGAACUGUGAGAAGGAGAGGAAGGAGCUGGAGCAGGCCUUCCGGCUGGAGGUCAGCUUACUGGAAGGACGCAGAGCCGAGCUGCAGGAGCUGCACGUGAGGGCGCAGGAGGCCAUCCGAGGCCUGCAGGAGCAGCUCCGGAGCGUGGCCCGCGAGCGCGAGCUGGAGAGGGCAGAGAUGGAGCAGCGCUACACCCAGGAGCUCUCGGGCCUGGCCCAGCAGCUGGCGCAGGAGAAGGAGCAGCUGGGCGAGGCGCUGCGGCGGCAGCAUCGGAGCGAGCUGCGGCAGACAAGGGAAGAGGCUGAGGUUGAGCUGAGCCAGCGGCUCGCGUGGACCGAGGCCCAGCAGGCCGCCCACCGCCAGAACUUGCUGCUGCAGCAUCAGCGCGAGAAGGACCAGUUGCUGCAGAAGCACCGGCUGCAGGUGCGGGCGAUGGCCGAGCAGCUGGGCCUGGAGAAGGCGCGGAGGGAGGAGAGCGAGAAGGAGAUCCUCAGGCGGUGUCAGAGGCAGCAGCUGAAGCGAGAGGAGCUGAUGAGUGAGGAGCAGGCUCGGAUUUGCAAAGCGUUCGCCCUUGAGAAGGAAAGGCUGGAGGGCACGUAUCGGGAGCAAGUAGAAAGGCUCGCCCAGGAGGCGGGGAAGCUGAGGGCUCUCUUGAAGGAUGCCGACGCGGUGGCGGGCGAGCCAGGCGGUGCAGGCCUGCCCCUGUGUCCAGGUGAGAGAGAAAGGGAGUGGUCACCAGCCCAGCUGAAACAUGGGGAAGCCAGAGAUGAGGCUGCAGGAGACGGGUCUGGUCCAGAACCUGCAGAGGAUGUGACUAUUGUGAACAGCCAGCCAUGCUGUGUAGACCCCAGGCGGACCCCAGCUCCUGUGUCCCAAGGGCUGCCUGAGAGCCACAGCAGCAGAGAGAGCCAUCUGGGUUUGCUAAACGCUGAAGAGGUGGCUCCUUCAGUGCCACAGUCGUACAUGUGUUCCCCUGGGGCCAGAGGAGGGGUCCUGGAGAAACCAGGGCCUCCUGCCAGUGGUCUGGCUUCUCCCGAGUGGCUCCAGCCUAAAUCCCAGGAGCAGCUGCUGUCGGGAAUGGAGGGACAGAGCUCACCAGUUGCAGCGGGGUGGGGACAAUCAACCCCCCUGGGGAGCACCCCAGAGAGCAACCCCCAGGGCAGGGCACAGGCCGGCGGUCAGGGAGCCAAGCCCCUGGACAGCGGUGGGCAAGCUCUCCAGCAGGUGCCCGCAGCCCCGCAGGGGAAGGAGGUGGAGGCGCUCAGCCCAGGGAGGUGGAAGGAGAGAGAAGUGGCCAAGCCGAGCCAGGGGGCCAACGCGGUGCCAGAGAGAGAGAAGAGUGACAUGAAAACCAAACUUAUGCAGCUGGAAGGCAUUGUUCGAGCCCUUGAGAAAGAAACCGGUUCAAGAGAGAGCAACAGAAUCGAGUUACGUAGGCUUUCUGAAGAAAAUACGCUACUGAGAAAUGAGCUGGGAAGGAAUCAGCAAGAACUCGAAGCUGCAGAAAGGACAAAUGAUGCCCAGAGGAAGGAAAUAGAGGUUUUAAAGGGAGAGAAGGAGCAGGCCUGCUCUGAAGUGGAAGAGCUCAACAAACAGAGCAUGCCGGUCAGCAAUUCGGACAGGGCACAGCGGAUGACCCCAUCACCUCUGGAGCCUCAGAGUCAGAAAUACAAGGAUGAAUUGUCCCAGCUCAACCAGAGAGUCCUUCAGCUGCGGGGAGAGGCUUCUGCCCACCAGGCUCAAAAUGAGAAGAAUCAAGUCACCAUUCAGCUGCUGACACAGAAGCUAGACUAUGCAAGUCGUCAAGGGCUGGAGCAGAGCGACCAAAUCCAAAAACUUGAAGUUGAACUUGAACACUUGGAUCGGGAAUGUCAGAGCUUAAGACUGUCGGAGGCACAGCUGCAGGAGACGCUUGCAGAAAAGCAGGACCAGGUGAACAGAGCUGACACAAGACUGAAGCUGACUGAGUCCCAGCACUUGCAGGAGGUGCAGCAGCUGCAGGAAAGGCUGGAGCAGAUGGUGCCUUGGGACCAGGUGGCCGAGCUGCAGCAGUUGCUGGCAGAGGAGCGGCAGCAGGCUCAGCAGCUCCGCAGGGAGUGCAGCUUCCAGGCCCAGGAGGUGCAGGCACGACUGGAAACACAGAGGGAAGAACAUGAAAAACAGCUUAAAGCCACAGAAGAGCGGGUAGAAGAGCUGGAAAUGAUAUUGAAGAAUAUGGAAAUGCUCCUACAAGAAAAAGUGAAUGAGCUGAAAGAACACUUUGAAAAGAACACAAAAUCUGAUCUGCUGCUCAAGGACCUCUACGUGGAGAACGCUCACCUCAUGAAAGCACUGCAGGUCACCGAAGAGAAGCAAAAAGGGGUGGAGAAGAGAAACCUCAUCUUGGAAGAAAAAAUUCAAGCUCUCAACAAGUUAGUUAAUAAGAUCGCUUCAGUGUCCCUCUCUGUGUAAAGUCUGCUUGGUUCCCUGGAAGGCGUUUUGAAAGAAGAGCUUUUGAACUUCGGCCACCGGGACGCCAGGCUUUCUCUGGCUUGUCAGCCAUGUGUGAUCUGAGGGGUGUGGCUCCCUGUUCACCCCAAAGACUUAGUGACUGUGCCAGAUGCAAAGAGUCAAUGCAAAUACAAAAUCAGGGCUCUGUACGGUUUUACCACUUCACUGUUACUGGCCUGGGCAUAGAUUGUUGUAAUUCUUGAUAGUAGGUCUUGGUAGUCUAUUCCAGACUGUCAACUGAGCCCCAAAGAAGGGGAUCCCCUUCUUCAGGGACUGCUGUGCCACAUGUGGAUGAUGGUGCUGAGGUCUGUGGACUUGGGUAUAUUGGUCUAUAUUGUGAAUGCAGUCUUCUUAUAAAAAAUGUCAUCACACUGGAAAUUGUAUUAUAUGUAAAAAUAAAAGUGUACUUUUAUAUCCACAAUAUAUAUAAAUUAUGGUCAUUUGUCUUAUCUGAAUCUCUGAAUAUGCUACUGUUAAUGCACAAAGUCACUGUACUUGCAAUAAAUUUUUUCUAUUUAAAAUUGAUUUAACUUUAAUAUUUUAAUAAAGUUUUAAUAAAAUAU